AUGGCGGUUCUCAGACUGCUUCAAGUCGGAGUUACUGUUACAGUUCUUGGUGCGCCACUAUGCAGAGGUUGCUCGCAGGAUUUGGCCAAAGGUAAACCCGCGUACCAAAGCUCCACCCGAGCGUCCUCCGUUGCCAUUCUCGCUGUGGACGGUAACUAUGACGACAUCUGGCAUCAAGGCAGCUGCACCCAUACAGAGCAUGGUCAGGGGAAUUGGUGGCUUGUGGAUUUAGAAACUAAGGCAAAUGUGGCAGGUGUUACCAUAACAAACAGAGGCGACUGCUGUAAUAAUCGUCUGGUCAAUUUCGAGGUGAGAGUUGGAUACUCUUUUGUGGGUAAUUCAUCAUUCACCCAGUACAGACUCUGCGCCAGUUACCCGGGGGUGGCACCUAAGGGAAACACAUCUCUGUCCUGUGCACCACUAUGCAGAGGUUGCUCCCAGGAUUUGGCCAAAGGUAAACCUGCGUACCAAAGCUCCACCCGAGCGUCCUCCGUUGCCAUUCUCGCUGUGGACGGUAACUAUAACGACAUCUGGCAUCAAGGCAGCUGCACCCAUACAGAUCAUGGUCAGGGGAAUUGGUGGCUUGUGGAUUUAGAAACUAAGGCAAAUGUGGCAGGUGUUACCGUAACAAACAGAGGCGACUGCUGCAAUAAUCGUCUGGUCAAUUUCGAGGUGAGAGUUGGAUACUCUUUUGUGGGUAAUUCAUCAUUCACACAGUACAAGCUCUGCGCCAGUUACCCGGGGGUGGCACCUAAGGGAAACACAUCUCUGACCUGUAGGACACCACUGAGAGGACGAUAUGUUUUGAUCAUUAAAGUUGGCAGUGACGAACUGGCCUUGCAGUUAUGUGAAGUGGAGGUUCACGGUACAUAUAUGCUUAAAAUCUUUCCCUAA